GUGAGCUGGCACCAGCGUCUCUCUGCCUCCUGCUCUCCUCUUGGGAACCAAGCACCAUGCAGGACGCACCCCGAAGGCUGUUGGCCAUGCCCUUCCUCAGUGCUUUCUUCCAGGGCCGCCGCCACUCCACCUCCGAGCCCGUGUUGCAGCGGCAGCAGGACCGGAGUGGCUCCACAGCCAAGAUACUGUCAUCUUCCUCCCUCCAGGUUAUGGUGGCCGUGGUCGCCAUCCAAAGCGCAGAGAGAAACCCAACUUGCCCCGAGAGAAAAAGACAUUCGGGUCGCCCGGCACCAAAGUAUACAAAAGUAGGAGAGCGUUUACGACAUGUCAUUCCUGGACACAUGGCCUGCUCCAUGGCGUGUGGUGGCAGAGCCUGUAAGUAUGAAAAUCCAAGCCGCUGGAGUGAGCAGGACCAGGCCAUCAAGGGACUCUACUCGUCCUGGGUGACUGAUAAUAUUUUGGCCAUGGCACGCCCAUCCACUGAGCUUCUGGAGAAGUAUUGCAUUAUCAAACAGUUUCAAAGUCAUGACAUCAAAACAGUAAUCAACCUGCAACGCCCUGGUGAGCAUGCCAGCUGUGGAAAUCCCCUAGAACAGGAAAGUGGCUUCACCUACCUUCCUGAGGCUUUUAUGGAGGCUGGAAUUUAUUUCUACAAUUUUGGAUGGAAGGAUUAUGGUGUGGCAUCUCUUACCACCAUCUUAGAUAUGGUGAAAGUUAUGACAUUUGCCUUACAAGAAGGAAAAGUUGCUAUCCAUUGUCACGCAGGACUCGGUCGAACAGGUGUUUUAAUAGCAUGUUAUUUAGUCUUUGCAACAAGAAUGACUGCUGACCAAGCGAUCAUAUUUGUUCGUGCAAAGCGACCUAACUCCAUACAAACUCGAGGACAGCUACUGUGUAUUCGGGAGUUUACUCAGUUCCUGAUUCCUCUUCGCAAUAUUUUCUCCUGCUGUGAUCCCAAAGCACAUGCUGUCACCUUGGCACAGUACCUCAUUCGCCAGCGGCAUCUACUGCAUGGCUAUGAGGCAAGACUUCUGAAGCAUGUGCCCAAAAUUAUCCACCUCAUUUGUAAGUUGCUCCUGGACUUAGCUGAGAACAGACCAGUGGUGACAGAAGAAGUGGUGUCAGCACCUGACCUCUCUGCUGAAAUUGAAAAGACGGUGUCUGAGAUGGUCACAAUGCACCAGGAUAAGGAGCUGCUGUGGCACAGUAGUGACACGUCUGACUCCUGCACCCCAUCCCUGGUGACAGCAAAUGGUGAAACUCAGGAUAUGAUUCUUUCUAGUGAGCAAGAGUUUGACCCUCUUUGGAAGAGGCGGAACGUUGAGUGCCUUCAGCCCCUGGCUUGUCUGAAGAGGCGGCUCAGCUACAGUGACUCAGAUUUGAAGAGGGCUGAGUGGCUUCAGGAGCAAGGGGCCACUCCACAGACAGUACCUGCCCAGCCCUUGCUUGACUCCAACUCCUGGCAGCAGAAAGCCCUAAGCCACUGUUGCACCCCACAGUCACCUCACGUAGACUUAUGUAAGGAAACAUUGGUCCAUAAUACGUUUUCUUUCUGGAAUCAGGCCAGAUUUGGAGGCCUAGAAGGACUCAAAAAUGACAACUCGCCAGUUUCCCAUAGGAAGAAUAUUCCAAAGGAAGUUCAGCGGAGUAGAACCUUCUCUUCAGGUGUUUCAUGUUUAUUGAAAACUGGGGAACCUAACUUUGCAGAUUUUCAAAAUGAGCCAAAAUGUUCUCACCAGCAAGUGCUCCCUGGCCAAUAUGAAGCUCAUGGAAGAACCCCUGGCUCUGCUUCAGAGGACAGUAAGAUUCAUGACAUCACUGUGGACUCUGGCUCCAGGUCCAAAGCACAGUCCUUGGUGGAACCUGGAAGACAGGGAAGCAAAGAUUUGUCUGAAGGUACUUCCCAGCCGACUUUGUGGUCAGAAUUGAGUGUCGAUGCAAGGAGGAUACUCAUAGCCAAAGCUCUGGCAAAUUUAAACGAGUUUGCAGAAAAGGAGGAAGUGAGAAGAAAGGUCGAGAUGUGGCAGAAAGAACUAAAUUCCCAAGAUGGAGCUUGGGAAAGAAUCUGUGGUGAAAAGGAUCCUUUCAUCCUCUGCAGUUUGAUGUGGUCUUGGAUAGAACAGCUGAAGGAGCCUGUGAUAACCAAAGAGGACUUGGACAUGCUGGUUGGUGCACGCACAGAGGCUGGAGAGGCGCUGUUUUUGUUGGAGAAGGGCCAGCAUCAGACUAUUCUUUGUGUGCUACACUGCAUUGUGAACCUGAGGACACUCCCAUCAGAGGUGGAGGAAGCAGUCUUGGCCCACACCAUCAAAGCUUUCACCAAGGUUAAUUUGGACUCUGAAAAUGGACCAAUAGUUUACAAUACCCUGAAGAAAAUAUUUAAGCACACACUGGAAGAAAAAAGAAAAAUGACAAAAGACAGUCCCAUGCCUGGCAUUUAGUGUCACUGCCUCCUCGAAGUGAUGUGUUCAUACUUGGAGGUGACAGCAUGUCUGCUCACUGGCCAGCAAGUCUGCAGCAAAUGCGUCAUAUAGCACUUUAUUUCAGAUACUCUUGGUUUGUAUCAGAAUGCUCAUUCCUCCUGAAGUCAUUAUUUAUUUAAAUAAUCUCUUUAAGCUUUCUUCUUGUUGAAAUUGCCCAUGAAGUUGUUGCCGCAUUUGUUUAUUUAAUUGAAUUAAUAUUGUAUUAUUAUUUCAAGUGUGCGGUAUUUACAUCACUAUUCUUCUUUGCCAUGUUGGAAAAAAGUUGUAACUCUUCUUUCCAAACAGCUAUUUUGUUGACCAAAACUUCUCCUGGAAUUUUGUUAAUAGGUCAUUUUAGUAGUAAAUCCUUACAGUGUAUCCAUCCAUCCUGUGAUCCAAGAAUGAAGGAAGUCACCAAGUGUCUUAAACUAUUUUAUAUUUCUUACUUGGAAAGCUCUUGGUCAAUUUUAAAAGGAAAUGGGUUGGGGGAGGGGAUAGUUGCUAUUAUUGUUUUUAUAACUAUUGCAAAGGUAUUCCAAAUGUAUUUGCAUUUUUAUGAGUGAUUUCCUUUUGUGUUCAAGGCUCCUGUGGGGAGUGAUUCGGAUUAGCUUACCCGAACUAUGGUGGGAAAGAACAUGCCACUCUUAGACUAUGGAAAGAACUUGCCUCCUGCUGUCCCUGUGGGAGGUGGAAGCAUUCUGAGCUCAUCUCCCACUCCCAAGUGAGCCAACCAACAGUUUCCUCUUAGCGGAAGUGGGAGCAUUGCAAAGCAGUGUGGGAAGCUGCCAGGAGGGUAGGCCACAGGAUGGACUGGCUUGUGGGCAGCAUGUCUUCAGCCACAGCUACACCCAGAGGCAGCUCUGCACUGUGGCCAGUGCUAUGGAAUAGUCCAACUCACACAUCUUCAACCACAGUCAAUCCCCAGAGCAAGGGUCCUGUUUGGGGGGCUGUUUUUUACUGUGAGAAAAAGAUUUUCAAUUUGAUAAGACCAUGCAGGUUGCAUGCACUUGACAGACUUUGGAUGAAAAGUAAUUGCCUUUAUGAAUUUUUGGUAGACCAAGCAUCAAUCAGCAUUUGAAGCCAUAAAUAUUUUUAAAUUAAUUUCUAGAAGAAUUGAUGAGAGCUGAUGCCCCAAAGGCAUUAGUUUUAUUACAGAAGCUAAUUGUUUUUUCUUCAAUAAAAAUGAUAUCAGACCAUGUUCAAACAAACAAAAAUAAUUACUUGCUUAAUCUUAAUGACAGACUUUCAAGGGACACCAGACAAAUUUAUAACAAAUGAAAUUUCUCAAUGUUUCUGAAUCAAGCUACUGCGCCUUAAAAUUAAUCAUCAUCACUCCUACUUUGUUGGGAAAUGCUAAAUUCUGUUUUCUCCCACACUGAAUAUUCUCAGGAAGUCAAAUAUAGUGAAUUUUAAUUAACUUUGUUGCUCAUUGUCAAAAUUUUUUUUUCAAGUGCUUAUUCUGGAGAAAACAGUUUUAUUCAUAAGUGCAUUGUCUAGAUAAGUAUCCAUAUAGACAUCCAUCUGUAUGAAAAUAUACUUUGCAAGAAAAAAGACAUCUGCACUCAUCUUAGCCAGUCCAACAUUGGCAAGUAACACAGUAGCUCCUUGGCAAGUGACUAUUGGCCUGUGAGUCUAAACCAGUGGUUCCCAAUGAGAUGACAACUAGAUAACCUGAGCAUAACUAUUGUGGUACUUGUCUAACCUCCUUGAUAGAACAGUGGUGUAACCCAAAGAGAGAUUGUGAUAAAAAUGAAUCAGGAAGUGUAUGAGCAUUGGAAUAAAUGAGAACAAGCUUGA